UAUCUUGACAGCUCCCAACACACACACAACCCCUCAACCCUUACACCCCCACUUCCAAGCAUUGCACGCCCACAGACUCACUCCCUUUGCCCCAUAUAAGCUGGUUGCAGAUCCAGUCACAAUAUCUUUGAGCAACAUAAGCUCCGGCUAGACAACCAUACAGCCAUGAUUUCGAUUGGAGGCCUCACAGGAUUUUGGAUGAUUGCACUGCUGACUCUUCAUGGUGCAGAUGUGGGAGAGACCAAUAGAAGCUCUUUCAAUGAGCCUGACGUGCCUUUCCCACCUGCCUAUCCCACUACUCAGAACCUCGCUGCCAUCUGCCAUCAAGGCCAAGGCCGUCCCAGAUACCUACCUGGCUUCUUCCCGAGAUCCAGGGUCAGUCACUUCCGCCGCCGUGGAAACGCCAUCAAUCGUCUGGAGUCGUGGUACAGUUUGUGCUGCAGCGACCAGAUAGCACAACAGAACGACCAGAUCCUCUGCUGCACCCAACAAGCUUGGAAACAAACCCUGUCCCAGUUCUGUACGGAAGAGUUCUCCACCAUGACUGGCGCAUAUGUGUGCUGUGGGGACAGAGGAGACGCUCAGUGGGCGUGCUUUAACAGCGAGCUGCCAAACCCAAACUAUGACCCAACACCAGGCUACAUUGCACCCCCCGUCCCCGUGGAGCCAGGAUUCACCUUUAACGCUUGCUGAAGUUGGUCAAACGAACUAAAUCUAUACAAUAUAAAACAAAAGUGAACAGAAUAGUUAGGUCGAGGUAUCUUGGAAUGAAAUAAUGAUUUUUGUAUAACCUUGGGGGAGUGAGAUUGGGUUAAUGCCUACAUUAGAAACCAUACAUGAUAGGCUGAGCUGAUAAUGUGAUGUGUCCUGUAGAUCUUUGUCACAGAGGCGGACAGGGCAUGCUGGUUGUGUUAAUGCUGAGUAAGGAUGAUAACAGCUGAAGUCAGUUAUUAUUUUGACAUGUCUGUAUUUUAACCAACUUUGUCACAACGGGAAACAUGUUUUUUAAAUGCAUUGGUAACACUUUAUAAUAACUACACACUAUGAAGCAUUAGUUAAGUAUGAGUAAACACUUACUUCAUCAUUUAUAAAGCAUUGUUCCUACAUUAGCACUCAUUAGUAUGCUAUUCAUAACAGUUUGUUUUAUUCCUGAUUAAUAAGCUCGUCUAUAAUGUGUUUUAUGAUUGUGUUUUCAUACUUUAUAAAUUA